GUAUCCGUCGUCUUCCUCUGCAACUCUUCAAUCCGGCUACCGGUGACCGGCGACCAUCAAUGAUUCUUUAUCGCUCUGCUUCGGUACUCCAUUUAUACAGAAUACCAUCCACAUCCAAGCUUCUCUCUCAAUUCAAGCAUUCCUACUCAUUUUUCUCUAGUUCUUCACCGUCUCUUCGAGUCCCUGUGAUCUGGAUCAAUCAGUCAAGCGAAAGGGUAACCAGGAGGUUCAGUACCAGUGCUGCAGCAGCUACCGUUUUGCCUGAUAAAAAGGGAGGCGAGACCUUCUUUGCGGACGAGGGUACAUCGUGGGGGUCUCUGGGUUUAUCUGAUCGGGUCUCUCAAGCUCUCUCUGCAGCGGGUUUCGAGAGACCGUCCCUGGUUCAGGCUGCUUGCAUACCAACUAUACUAUCAGGAAAGGAUGUGGUGGUCGCAGCAGAGACUGGUAGUGGUAAAACACAUAGCUAUCUAGUUCCUUUGAUUAAUAAGCUAUGUGAUGCUUCAGAUGAGCCUAGUAUUAGUCUACCUGAGCAAGCAAGGGGUUCUCCGCACAGGCUUGGACUUGUUCUUUGCCCAAAUGUAUUGCUAUGUGAACAAGUGGUUCGAAUGGCUAAUGGUCUUUAUGGUGAGAAUGGUGAGCCACUUGUUAGAGUUGCAGCUGCCUGUGGUCGACAGGGAUGGCCAUCUAAAGAACCACACAUUAUUGUAUCAACUCCAGCUGCUUUGCUGAACAACAUAGAUCCCAGAAAACACCAGCGUCUGGAUUUUAUUCGUGGUGUAAAGUAUGUGGUGUUUGAUGAAGCAGAUAUGCUUCUCUGUGGAAGCUUCCAAAAUCAAGUUAUUCGUCUAAUAAACAUGCUCCGUUUUGAUGAAAAGUCGUCGUCUCGAAUGAAUGAAUCUGGACCUGAUAACCCUGUGGAAAUGAAUCCUGAAGCUUUGUCACACUUUGAUUCGGAGGAUAAUGAAGACAUCCAAAAUGAAUUUGUCUUGGAAGGGGAGGAAGGUUUGGAGGAUGAUGUUGACACUGAGGACUUGAUGGAAGGAACUAAGGCUGGGUCUGCCAAGAAAAAAGACUGGAGGAGAGUAAGAAAACCUUAUGCACGCAGUAAGCAGUACAUUUUUAAAGGUGGAAUCUUUGUUUGCACUGAUGCUGCUGCUCGUGGUGUUGACAUUCCAAAUGUUUCACACAUUAUCCAGGCAGACUUUGCCACUUCUGCUGUAGAUUUUUUGCAUAGGGUUGGUCGCACGGCACGAGCUGGUCAUUAUGGACUUGUCACUAGCCUUUACACUGAAUCCAACCGGGAUCUUGUCAAUGCCAUCCGUAGAGCUGGAAAACUGGGUCAGCCAGUGGAAACAGCAUUUAGCAGAAAAAGAAGUUUCCGGAACAAGCUUAAGAAGAGAGGUUCUAGCAAAGUUGGAGACUCGGCUGUGGAAUUGACACAAGUGUAAUCAGAAACUUGGGAUGUAAAGAAGCAUCCAUAACGUUUGAUCUUUUAUGUUACUGUUGAUUUUAUAAAUGUAUUUGAAUUUA